UAAACAUACAUAACCUUCACGUGUCUUAGUAGGGCUCGCGAUUGUCUGUUGGAUUUCUAUAUGCCACAGUAUUUGUGUAGUCGCUAUCGCAGCAACUCGCGGCAACAAUCAUUUUGGUAAAGUCGGUGCUUGUUUUGUGCGUGCCAAGUCUUGCCCCGUAAGAGUCCUUGACGAUAUCGAGCAGUGAAAUUGAUAUUUUCUUUACUUUUGAAAUAUUAUGAGUCCAAUGGACGAUACCGAAGAUAUGGACUUGAAUAAUCCUGUUGACGACGAGGAGACCGAACGUAAGCUGUUAGCUGGAUCGGAUGAAGAAUUGGACGACGAAGGAAAAUUAGACGAUGAAAAUGUCGAUCUAGGAAGCGAUUCGGAUGAAGAAAAAAUGGAAACUUCCACGGCGGCUGCUACCAAAGGUAGCGACUCCGACGAUGACUCUGACUCCGACGACAACGACGAGGAGGAUAAUGCAGCCGACGAAGCCGAAGUACAGAAUUUUGUCAGCAUACUGGAGCAAAACCCGUACGACUACGAGGCGCAUAAAUCAUUAAUUGAAAAACUUCAAACUAUGGGUUGUCUCGAUCGACUCAGAAAUGCCAGAGAAAAUAUGAGUGCUAAGUACCCGCUCACUUCGGAAAUUUGGCUUUCCUGGCUGAAAGACGAAAUGAAGCUUGCUGUCACUCCAGAACAAAAGCUCCCUGUGUUGGAACUUUGUGAUAGAGCUGUUAAAGAUUACCUCUCCGUUGAGGUAUGGCUGGAAUAUUUAAUAUUCAGUACUGGACUAGGUACUGAGGAAGAAAAUGUUGAAAAAAUAAGGGAUAUUUUUGAACGAGCUUUGACAGAUGCUGGUCUACACGUUACAAAAGGUUCUUUGAUUUGGGACGCUUACAGAGAAUUUGAAAAUUUUAUAUUAUUAAUGAUGAAUACAGAUGAUUCAGGAAAACUUGAUCAAAUUAAUCGAAUUGGUAAAAUAUUCAAACGCCAACUGGCUUGUCCUUUGUAUGGCAAAGAAAAAACCUUUGAAGAAUACCAAUUAUGGCGAUCAUCAGAGGGUAGCAGCUGUACUGAAGAUGAAAAAAUCAUUAAAAGUGGAUAUGAUCGAGCUUUAGCUGAAUUAGAAGUUCGGAAACCAUUUGAAGAGAAAAUUGAAAGUUCUAACAGUAAAGAAGAAUUGCUUGAUGCUUAUAACGCUUACUUAAUGAAAGAGAAACAAAUAGGAGAUCCAGGUCGAGUCAGUGUACUGUAUGAACGUGCUGUAGCUGAUUUAAGUUUAGAACCAACUUUGUGGCUUGACUAUAUACUCUAUGUACAGAACAAUAUUAAAAUUUAUGAAAUUGUAGAAAAGAUUUAUGCAAAAGCAGUAAGAAAUGUACCAUGGUAUGUUAAAAUAUGGCAAGCUUGGAUUAGAUAUCUUGAAAAAAAGAAAAGUCCUAUGUCUGAAGUACAGCAAGUGGUUGAAAAUGCUCUGGCUGUAGGUUUUGCUUCUCCAAUAGAAUAUAAAGAUCUCUGGAUUUCAUAUCUUGAAUAUUUACGACGAGGAGUUGAUAAAGCUCCAGAUGAAGAGAAACAUAUUGAAAUUGUAAGAAAUGCAUUUAAUCGAGCUUGUGAACAUUUGAAAACUUUUGGAAUUGAGGGUGAUCCCAAUUGUGAAGUUGUUCAAUUUUGGGCCAGGUUCGAAGCAAUUACGGCUCGUAGUAUGGAAACAGCAAGGAAACUAUGGGCAGAUAUUAUGUCGCAAGGUCACAGUGGAUCAUAUGCAAGUUGGUUGGAAUAUCUUUCACUUGAGAAGUGUUAUGGAGAUACUAAGCAUCUACGUAAACUUUUCCCUAAAGCAUUGGCAGCAACUGUAGAUUGGCCUGAAAGUAUAGCUAAUUCUUGGAUCAAUUUUGAAAGGGAUGAAGGAACUUUAGAGCAAAUGGAAGUUUGUGAAGCGAAAACAAAAGAGUGCUUGGAGAAAGUAGCACAGAAUAGAAAAGCACAAGAAAAUAUGCAAAAACAUGAAACAGUAGUCAAAAAACCACUUAAAAGAAAAGCUGAAGAUGUACCCAAAUGGAAAGAUGUAGGGAUAGUUGAAAGUAAGAUAAUAAAGACUGACAAAAUGGGAAAAGCUAACAUCAAAAAUGGUCCUACUGCUACCUUAGCUAAGGGUGAUAAGGAACAUGGUGGUCAAACUAAAAGCGCACCUCCUCCUGGCUAUAAAAAACCAGUUGAAGAACAUAUGGAUACAACUGAGUCAGAAGCAGAGACUCAUGAAUUCCAAAAAGUUAAGGAUCAAAUUACUGUAUUUGUCAGUAAUUUAGAUUAUUCAACAACUGAGGAGGAAGUAAAAGCGGUACUUGAAUCAGUUGGACCAAUCACUUUGAUAAGAAUGGUAAAAGACUUUAAAGGCCGAAAUAAAGGUUUUUGCUACGUACAAUUUGAGAAUGAGAAUCAAGUGGAGGAAGCUCUCAAACUAGAUCGAACACCAAUAAACAACCGACCAAUGUUUAUAUCCAGAUGUGAUCCUGAUAAGACUUCAAGAGGUCCAAUAUUUAAAUACAAAACAGAAUUAGAGAAGAAUAAAUUAUUUGUGAAAGGUUUGCCUCCCAGUACAACAAAAGAGCAGCUCGAAGAAAUAUUCAAAGUCCACGGAAAUCUCAAGGAUGUACGGAUAGUCACUUACCGUAACGGUCAUUCUAAGGGAUUAGCGUACGUUGAUUUUGAAAAUGAAGUUGAUGCUGGCAAAGCCUUAGUUGCGACUGAUGGAAUGACUAUUGAAGACAAAGUAAUAAGCGUAGCAAUUAGUCAACCACCACAGCGUAAACCAACACCAGGUGACGACAAUUUAAGAAUCAAAUCCCUCGGAGGUUCUUCACAAAGCCGUUCCCACUUUGGAGGUCCCAAAAGUGUAUUAUCAUUAGUACCUAGGGUAUUAAAAACUACCGCUACCAGUGACGUAGUUCCUGGUAAUGGAGUAGCAAAAGCAAAAACUAACGAGGAUUUUAGAAAUAUGCUUCUAAAAAAAUAAGAUAGAUUAUAAGUUCAAAUCAACUUCUUACUUUUUACUUAAUACUUGAAAUCUUAAAAAAUCAAAAA